AUGCGGAAAAUAGAAUUAAACCUAAAGAGAGCAGCCUAAGUGGGGCAGCUCCAACAGAGGGGAAACAACCUAGUAGCCGAAGGCAAAACAGAAAACGAGGAUUGAGUUUUGCUACAAUGGCUUUUACUUCUUGUUCCAUUGCUUCUCGGUUUCUCCCUCCCAGAAAAAACUCCGCAAUCCCUUUUCACUUAACAACAUGCACAGCUUGGGCAUUUCCCACUGUUCUCACUCCACGACACCCACCGUUUUCGCUUUCUUCAACCUCCGCAACGUGCUCAGCAACUCCAAAUUCAAACAACAACGCUACUUCCAAUUCCAUCAAGAACCAAGAGAAAGAGAAGGAAGUGGAAGUGGAAGUGGAGGAGGAGCUUCCCUGGAUUCAGGAGAAGGCUUUGGACCUCGUCGAGUUCACCGGCUCCGUUACCCAAGCCAUUCCCGGACCCAGAGUGGGUCCCACCUCCCUCCCUUGGAUUCUCGCUGUUCCUCUCGCUUACGCUACUCUCACUUUCGUCAUUGCUUUCGUUAAGACCGUCAAAAAGUUCUCUUCUCCCAAAGCAAAACGCCGCAGACUGGUCAGUAAAAACGCCACCUUGUGCAAGUCGUUGGAUGAUUUAUUUCAAAACGGAAGACACCAAAUUACGCACGAAGCUCUCGUCCAAAUUCAGAACAAGACAGGUUUUGGUUUGGAAGAAAUUUUGCGCAAGUAUAUCCGCUAUUCUCUAAAUGAGAAAGCAUUCAAUCCUGACAUGGUAGCUGAUUUAAUUCAGCUUAGAAGAGCUUCUAUGCUAAGUGAUUCUCACGUUGCUGAGAUUCUGAAUGAAAUUUCACGACGAAUUGUGCGAGACAAAGGCCCUAUUGUGAUGGAUAAGUCAGGUUAUACUGAAAAGGGUUUCAAGAGAAAAAUAGCUGUCCAGGCCCUUUUUGGAAAGGUCUUCUAUCUGUCCGAGCUGCCAGAGUUUUGUUCAAGAGAUAGCUCCUUGGUUGUAAAGGAAAUCUUCGGUGUUACAGAUGAAGAUGCUGACAAACUCAGAUCCACACGGUCUCUGAAGCUGGGAGUCUUGAUGCACUUGAGAAGAUGGUUGAUGGUUCAGAUUCAGAUGAUGCUAGUGACGACGUCGAGGCCUCUUAGUGCAAUCAUAUUGCAGUGUUUACCAUUCGAAAUGGCUAAAGAAUACUUGAUGCUGAAAAUUAAUGGUACAACAUCAUCGGCCUCCAUCCAAAAGAUAAAAUCUAAGGAAAUGCAGUGAUUGUCAUUCCUUUGGACUCUACUUUUUGUACUUUUCAGUGCAACUGCUUACAUACUUCCAAGAUAUAUCAUUUGCAUGAUAUUUUUGUCAUAACUUAUAACUCUUAUAGGCCAGUCUUAGCGGCAUUGAUGUUUUAGACUGGCUCUCAAGAAAUUGGCUAACAAAAUUCUUAUAGAGAUAUAUUCGGGUAUA